AUGGAGGCCAACGAACGCUUCUUCGACCCCCUCGAGGACGAGGACGAGUCCCUGGAAUCCCGCGAAUCCCUUUGGGAAGAGGACUCCCCGGACCUCCUGAGGAAUGGACUCUUUGGCCGAGCAUUGGAGAAGCUGCCCAUCUUGAACAAUGUCAUGCAGGCUCUGCACAACCGGGCCGGCGACGAGGAAUCCCUUCUUCGGGCCCGGGCGUCGAACCCUUUGCGGGCCUCGGGGCGGCUGGCGCGGGGCGCAGAGCACGUGCCGCUUCUCAACAAUGUCAUGCAGACGCUGCACCGGGCCACGGGCCGCUCCGAGGAGUUCCGGAGGGCCCGGCGGAAGAACCCUUUGGGUGCGAACGGUUACAUCACGAAGUUUGGGGAGCACAUCCCCGGCCUGGCGGACACGAUCUGCUGCAUUCACAAGUUCCGGGGCUUGGACGCCGAGGCGGAGCGCGCCCGGGCCUUCUCCCUGCACCGGAUGGUGGGCCGGAAGGGGGCGAUCACUCAGCUGGCACAGUUGCUGCCUGGCACGAACCUGAUCGCAGCUCUUCUGGCAGAGGCGAAAGGUGACCACCGAGAGGCGGUGAAGGCGCUAAACUUGCUGAAGAGAUGGCGGGAUGUGGCCAGUGCAGACGGUGCCCUCGCAAGAGUUGCCGAACUUCUCCCGGGGGUGGACAUCAUUUCCUUUGGUCUCAUGGUGAACCACGGUCACUAUGCCCAUGCAGUCCGAGCCAUUUGUAAGACCCGGUGGGUGGAGAUCACAGCAACCUCCUCGGCUUUGGCGCUCUCUGCUGGAGCCAUGGAAGACUGGGUCAUUGUAUCUGUAGAUUCCGACAUGCUGAUGCAGCCUAGAGCGGCCUCUUUGGCGGGAGGGUUGUUGGAUGUGUGCAUCCACUUGUUGGACUUCGAUGCUUUCGGGAACCAGCGCUGGGUGACCCGGGGCCUCGAGGAAGAGCUGCCUUCCGCCUGCACCCGAAAGAAGCGCCGUGGCCUUCGAAGGGCCUUUGAAGAUGUGAAGAUCACAAAGGCCAACGAGGCCCUGCAUGGAGUGCUGGACUACCUCUUCCUUUCCUCCCCCUUUGUGGUCAAGUAUAUGACGGAGCUCACGAACUGGGCCGUUGAGGAGUGGUAUCACUCCUCUGCGGCCUGCCGAAUGUUUUAUAUUCUUUGUCCCCCUAUGGUCUCCCAGAGCCUUCCCAGCACAGUUCCGAGCGCCCGAUUCGCAAGGGCGAUACAGGAUUCCUUGCCAGGAGUUCGAGCCACUCAUGGACAGAUGCCUCUGAACCCAUGCAACUUUCAGCUGCCUUUGCGAACCUCGGAGCCCGACGCGCCAAGCUGGAAGAACAACUUCUGCGAAGCUGCGACUGGGAUACUGGCGGGUAUGUCUUGCCUUUCUUUUUCCUGCCUCGCGGCCGGCGUGCACAGUAUCCUGCCGCUCGCCUGUUUCACGGGCUGCUUUGCUGGGGUUGGUGCCGGUCUUGGGGGCUAUGUGCGGAAGCGAGUUCGGAGCAACAUCGUGGCGUGGUUCAACAAAGUGAACACAGAUGCCUGGCAGCGGACUUCUCUCCCUGUGGUUCCCCUCCGGACUCAGGUUCAAGAGUGCCAGGAAGCACCCCAGGAUCCGGAGUCUCCAGAGCCCCCCCCGCCUCCCUCUGUACAGUUCCUCGCCGAGUCGCUGGAGCCUCGGGCGCAGUAUGAGGCUUUUGAGCCCCAGGGGAUUAUUUUUGAGUGGCCCAGUGGCCUGCUUGAAGAAGUCCGCGCGGCAGAAAUCUUCCGAGACUACAUCCUUUCCGAGUGGAUGACUCCCAGCCGGCCGCUCAAUUGGCUGCACCCGCUGCCUUGGAUCCUCCACCUCCUGGAGCUGCCACUGCGAGAACUCUUCAACGACUGCUUCGAAGAUCAAGUUGUCCCCUUGGUGAUUCCGAUCGAGCUUGCAGCGGGAACAUACAGCAGCGGCAUCUGGCUACCCGAGAUCAGGGUCAUGCUGGUCCUUUGGAUGCAGUUUACCGAUCGCCGCUAUGUCAAAGGGAUCGAAGCCGUCAUCGUCGAUGGCAUGUUAGACCAGAUUGCAAACGUGGUGAAGGUGCAGCUUGUCCCGGAAGACUUGCGGGAGAUGGACCCACGAUUGCGGGGCUUCACAGAGCCUGUCAACUUGGGCUUUGAUGUCGCCAUUCGUUGGGCGGGCGAGGAGAAGAUGUACGUCGAGUUCAAAGAUCUGAAAGUCAGGCUCGGCUUGCCGAAGUAG